UUUAUGAUAUAUCUCUGCUCUUUCUUCCCCAUUAUUUCAAAAAGAUCGUUUUUUAAAACUUGAUUUUCUUCUGCUUCCAGAGAUUUUACUUGAGCUCAUAAUGUGCCUUAGUUUUUGUCUAAAACCAUUAGCUAAUUUGAAACUUUCUUGUUUUUUCUAUACCAAUUUGGAUUCCCAUGGAUAAGUGAAAUGGGAGAUGGUCCAGUUUUUAUUGCUUUGCUGGAUAUUCAUGAUUUCCCUACUGUUUGAUUGACUAGUUACUGCUUGUAUUUGUUGAUUUGUAACUGAAUUGUGCAUAAAUCAAUGUAAAAGAUAAUGACUUUAGAGCAAAUGCUAUAAGCUUUCUUUGCUUCUCUUUACAGAGCCAGUCAAAAUCUUCAACUCAUUGUCGCUUAUUUUUUAAGUUCAUGUGUUCAGAUGCAUUUUGAAACAUUCAUCUUUAUGUUUUGAAACGUUCAGUUAUGUUAAUUGCUGGUGCAAACUCCUGAUCAAGAUUUUGAAUAUUGAAUCAGGGAUUAAGGUGCUGGUGAAGCUGUAAGAGAAUUGGAGUUUGUGUAAUUCUUGCAACCUUUAUAUUAUAGCCAGGAUUUGGUCACAAUGAAUACACUGUUAUGAUUCUUCUGUAGGCUUCAGUGGUUGUGGGUUUAGAUUCGUGUGAUUAGUCACAUAGCAAGACGUUGAAAUGGGCUCUUCACGUGCUCUUUGUGAAACAAUUGAGUCGAAGAAUGAGUUUAGUACAGCUCAGAGGCCACAAGCACAGCCCGUGCUGAAAAAAUGCUAUAGCAGAUGCGUAGAGGAUGAUAUCAAUAAGCUGUUCGAAGCUGUUAACGUGAGAACAUCCAAGAGUUUAGAUCUGUCAGAGUCAGAGUCGUGGAGGAACGGUUCAAAGAGGUCAAUGAGGUCUCCUGGUUCUAACUCUCCGGGAACUGGAUUUUCAGAACCAGUUUCGCUGAAGCAGGCACUCAGGGGUCUUUGCAUUUCUCAGGCAGCAGAGACGGCUGCAAUAAAACGACUGUCAAUGACAUCUGCUUCUCCUAGGAUUUCGGAAGCUGGAAAGCACACAAACUUGUUCAGGUCUGUUGUAACUGAGGCUGGUGGAUCUGGAUGCUCUCCGACUCAAGAAAGUAUCUCAUUUUCUUCUAGGAGUUUGACUUGGAGCCAUCGUUCCUGCAAGAGUUCACCUGUUCAAAGUUCCAGUUCUUCUCCUGGUCGUAGCAUUAAACAAGAUAUGAAGAGUAUAUUAAGCAUAUCUAUUGAACCUGGCCAUCAAGUAGCUGAUUGUGAUGGAUAUGACGUUGAAAAAUCUAUCACGAAUGAAGAAAAUGUCAAAUGUAAUUCCAGUAAGCAGCCUAAUCAGAGUGCCCUUUCUUCUUCCCAAAUUCCUUCUACUUCAGUACUCGAGGAAUCAAAGUUGUCUCCUGUUUGUAAGGAAAUUGCGCAAGCUUCAGAAGUUGAUACACAGGUGGAAAUUGCUCAUACAAUUGAAGAAAAACAUAAUUUAUUGUCAGUUGUGCCUCAUCAUAACUCUCAUGAUGGCCAAAAAAAUGUAGCAAGUGGUCCAAUUAAGAAUUCUGCCUCUUCCUUAAAAGUGGUAAAGAGGGCAGGACCUAGAUUGAGACGAAAAUCAAAGUUACAGACUGCACCUUUGUUAGGUGCAGCGAGAAGCAAUAAAGACGUUAGAUUGGCUAAAAUCACCCCUCAUAAUGUGAGCACAGGCGCGAGGAACAAGAAUCUCAUCAUAAUGAAAUCAAAGAAAGUAGCUGCAUCGGCUGAGGGUAGUUCAAAAUCAUCUGAUGAAGUAAAUAGUAGCUUGGACCGUGGUUCUGGACAAUUAAUCUGUCAGAGGUGUCAAUGUGCUUUAAAGGAUACAAAUGUGGGUUCCAGUGACAAUCCUCUGGCAGCUACUACUACUGAAUCUUUUACAGGUGGUGGGAACCACACGGCAUUGGUGGCAAGCAAAUCAGAUUCAAUUCCUUCUAGCUGGGAGAAUAGGGCUACUACAGUUAAUAAAACAAACAGAAACAUGAAACUGAAUGAGAAAGGGGACAUCUCCCAAAGCUCGAGCAGCAUAUGUGAUUUGAGUAGUAGCACCACUAGCCUCAGUGAAGAGAGCGGUAUUAUAAGUGGGUCGAUUUAUGGAAACAGGCCACACAUGUCGAAGGACAUGAGAUGGGGAGCAAUUAACCGUAUAAUGAAACAAUUCGGUUUCCUUGGGCUGAGUCACUUUAAUUUGCUGAAAAAACUUGGAUCCGGGGAUAUAGGCACUGUUUAUCUUGCUGAGCUGAUAGGAACAAACUGCCCAUUUGCAAUAAAGGUUAUGGAUAACGAGUUCUUGGCAAGAAGGAAGAAGAUGCCCAGGGCUCAAACAGAAAGAGAAAUUUUAAAAAUGCUUGAUCAUCCGUUUCUUCCUACACUUUAUGCACAAUUUACAUCAGACAAUUUAUCAUGCUUGGUCAUGGAGUUCUCUCCGGGGGGAGAUUUACAUGUACUUCGACAGAGGCAGCCUGGCCGAUAUUUCCCAGAGCAAGAGGCAAGAUUUUAUGUUGCUGAGGUCCUGCUUGCUCUCGAAUAUCUACACAUGCUUGGUAUUGUGUACCGAGAUCUCAAGCCUGAAAACAUUCUUGUUCGUGAGGAUGGUCACAUCAUGCUGACAGAUUUUGACCUGUCACUUAGAUGUUCUGUCAACCCGAUGCUCGUUAAAUCUUCAGCGCUGGGGAUGGAGCCACCUCGAGCUUCUGGUCCUUGUGCAGGAUCCAACUGCAUCGAUCCCUUCUGUAAUGGACCUUCAUGUCAAGUCUCGUGCUUUACCCCUGCUGGGCUAUUUCCCAGCAAUGCUGGAGCGAGGAAGCUAAAAGCUGAUGCUGCAGCUCAUGCUAAGUUGAUGCCUCAGCUUGUAGCCGAGCCAACAGAGGCACGGUCCAACUCCUUUGUUGGCACACACGAGUAUUUGGCUCCAGAGAUCAUCAAAGGCGAGAGUCAUGGCAGUGCUGUUGAUUGGUGGACAUUUGGUGUUCUUCUGUACGAGCUUCUCUACGGGAAGACUCCGUUUAAAGGUGCUGGAAACGAGGAGACGCUGGCCAACGUGGUUCUACAGCCGCUGAGGUUUCCCGAUUCCCCUAUUAUUAGUUUUCAGGCCAGGGAUCUCAUCCGCAGGCUUUUGGUGAAGGAAGCAGAGCAUAGGCUGGGUACGGAAACCGGAGCUGCUGAGAUCAAGAGGCACCCGUUCUUCGAGGGCUUGAACUGGGCGCUGAUUCGCUGCGCCAUUCCGCCCCAAAUCCCCGAGUUUCACGAUGUUUGGAAUCAGCAAAUGGCGCCCCCUCAUGACAAGGGGACGAAGUUUGUCAACUGUAGUGCCGGUGAAGAACAUCUGGAAUUCGAGUUGUUCUAGAAAUAGUAAGAAGAUGCUCGUCUGAAACAAGUCCGGUGCAGGUGAUGCGCAUCUUGAUCCAUCAGACCGUCCCAUGCGGAGAAAUGCAUGCACUGGAUACUACUGUGUCGGUUGAACUAGUAGUUUGCCGGUCGCUGCUACUGCAUGUCCCAUCUCGAGUUGAGUUGGGCCGAACCCGAAAGUUCGAGUACUUGCACAUUCUCUCAGUCCCCUCCAAAAAGAAAAAUACUGUUUGGUAAGAUGGUUUAGAAAACAUGAGAAAGGUUUGAUUGGAUGCUUUUCAAGAAUUCAUGGAAAGAAAAUUAUUCAACUUGUGACUUGUGAAUGUUUGGUUGAAUACCAUUGAAAACAUUUCUUCUCCUUGUUUGGUUGUGAACAUGUUUUAUUUAUGGUAUAGGUUGUGUACAAA